AUGAGAAUCCCCAAAUCCACAGCACUCUGUCUUCUCAUCGCCAGGACGGUGAGCUAUGCUCAAGAGCUCUUUCAAGACACCAUAUCCACCGACGAGCUUCCUGCCCUUUGCUCAGUACUCUGUCUACCGCUCAAACUCGUCUUCCCGAACUGUGAUACGCUCUGCCAGACAUGCGAGAAGCCCAAGAUGUUUUGCAAGACUCGGGAGACGGCCGAGUGUGUCGAUACGUCCACUGACGUCAAUAAUUGUGGGAAGUGUGGGAACAAGUGCGGCGAAAAGGAAAGCUGUUGUACUUCGAAGUGCGUCCCCGAGAACAACUUUCAGGCCGAUGUCAACAAUUGUGGCAAAUGCGGCGUCAGGUGCGGCAAGGGCACGACGUGCUGCAACUCCGAGUGCCUACCCAACGACACAUUUCAGAGCGAUCCCAUGAACUGCAGCAAAUGCGGAAACAAGUGCCCUGAAACCUUCAACUGCCACUCAGGCCACUGCCUCGAACCACACACCUGCAAAGCAGGCGUUUCCCUCCUCGAAAGCUGUCAAGACCCCAUCGUCAGUGGAUCAAGCUGCGGUGCUGGCGAAGACGAAUUGUGCGACUGCAUGGAGUCUGUUGAAGGCGAUCCGUUUUGCGGCGCGUUCGAUGGGCAGUUUUCUACGUACACCCACGCAACCGCAAGCAUGAAGCUGUCAACUACCCUCGCUAUUCUUCUCGCCCCCAUGGCAGUCUUCGCCAAACCCCCCAAACGUACCAGCGCACGCCACGUCAGAAUCGACAGACUCCCCACUUGCAUCCAAUACUGCAUUGGAGAAACACAAUGGCGCAUCAAAGGCGCCACGCUCCCAAAGCUCGCCGGCGAAUGGUGCGCGAAAACCGCCGCACACACGCCGGACUGGAUCAGCUUCGGCAAAGCUUUGGACGAGUGCAAGAAGCACCAGUGCGAUAACAGCAUCCAGUGGAUCGACCUCGCCGUCUGGCACUGGGACAUGUGCGAGUGGAGCGAUGUCAAGGAGGAGGGCAUGAACCUUCUCAAUGGCUAUCGCAAGGCGUACUGGUUGCCUAAUGAUCGUCAACCUAUUCGACCUCCUCAUUCGAGAAACUGGAUCUCGGAUGAGACGUUUGAGGCUCCCGAUGAGUGGAAUGAGAAUAAUGGAAUUGGAGAUGACAUUCCGGAAGAUCAACCUCCGCUCCACGGCUGA